AGCCAUUUCUGAUGAAGGAGCGGUUUCUGAUGAAGGAGAGCGAAGCGGAGCUCCCUCGACUUGGAAGAAGCUGCUGAAGACCGAACUCAGGCACAACACUUUAAUUUAAGCCCCGCGUCGUUAUGAAUGCGACUUUCUCCUCGUAGAGAAGGAGAGAAGAGAGCGCGGAGCGGAGGAGAGCCGAGGCGGCCGAGUGGGAAGAUGUCCUGCAGCUUAUUGACAGAGUUGAGGGUCCCCUAAUUCAAUCAGGUGCUUGGCUUCACCCUCAAAUGUGCCAUUGUAUGGACUGAGCCGGGCCAUCAGUGUGGAGUAGCAGUGGAGACAUCACAGUGUGUGUGUGGCGGGCAGAGUUUCGGAGGCUGGCAGACUCACACACUCAUGCCCCGGGCGGCUGAAGGCUUGGUGAUGGCCAGCAGGCUGCGGGGCCACAGGAAGGUGCCUCCGUGGGGAAGAACCUGCUGGACCCUGAUGCUAUUUCUCCUGGGACUGAGCUCCAUAAACUCUGCUAACGCGAAUGUGUUGGACACCAUGUUGUUGAGGAAUUCUGGGAAGGUGGCGAUGGAUAGCCGGAAGGAGGACAGUGGAAGCUCAGUGCCCGUGGUUCCUGAGAGGACGUUGUGGUGCCACUGCUACCACCACUGUCCAGAGGACUCCACCAAUAACACCUGCAGAACGGAUGGCUUCUGCUUCACUAUGGUUGAGGAGGAAGAUGGUGGUCCUCCUGUGCUCACCUCCGGCUGUUUGGGACUGGUGGGCUCCGAAUUUCAGUGCAGGGACACAGGAAACUCUCGUCUGAGGAGGGUUCUAGAGUGCUGUACUGAUCAGGACUACUGUAACAGAGACCUCCACCCAACCCUGCCUCCACUCAACACGCCUAAGUAUGUGGACAGCAGCAUCCACCACAUGGCUCUGUUCAUCUCUGUAACAGUGUGCAGCAUUGUCCUCGUCCUCAUCAUCGUGUUCUGUUACUUCAGGUACAAGCGGCAGGAGCUGAGGCCCCGCUACAGUAUGGGUCUGGAGCAGGACGAGAUGUAUAUCCCCCCAGGAGAGUCUCUGAAGGACUUGAUCGAGCAGUCGCAAAGCUCUGGCAGUGGCUCAGGGCUCCCCCUACUGGUGCAGCGCACCAUAGCUAAGCAGAUCCAGAUGGUGAAGCAGAUCGGGAAGGGCCGCUACGGGGAGGUGUGGAUGGGCCGCUGGAGGGGAGAGAGGGUGGCCGUGAAGGUCUUCUUCACCACUGAGGAGGCCAGCUGGUUCAGAGAGACUGAAAUCUACCAGACAGUUCUCAUGAGGCAUGAGAACAUACUGGGCUUCAUCGCAGCAGACAUUAAGGGCACGGGUUCCUGGACGCAGCUUUACCUGAUCACGGAUUACCACGAGAGCGGCUCGCUCUAUGACUACCUCAAGUCCACCACGCUGGACACACGGGCGCUGCUGCGGCUGGCCUACUCGGCCGUCUCGGGCCUCUGCCACCUGCACACGGAAAUCUUUGGCACUCAGGGCAAACCGGCCAUCGCCCACCGUGACCUCAAGAGCAAGAACAUCCUGGUGAAGAAUAACGGCACUUGCUGCAUCGCUGACCUCGGCCUGGCCGUCAAGUUCAUCAGUGACACGAACGAGGUGGACAUCCCUCCAAAUACACGAGUGGGCACCAAGCGCUACAUGCCCCCGGAGGUGCUAGACGAGACCCUGAAUCGCAACCAUUUCCAGUCCUACAUCAUGGCCGACAUGUACAGCUUUGGGCUGAUCCUGUGGGAGAUCGCCAGGAGAUGCGUGUCAGGAGGAAUUGUGGAGGAGUAUCAGUUGCCUUACCAUGACCUAGUGCCCACAGACCCGUCCUACGAGGAUAUGAGGGAGGUGGUGUGUAUAAAGAGACAGCGGCCUUCUUUCGCCAAUCGCUGGACCAGCGAUGAGUGUCUGAGGCAGAUGGGAAAGUUGAUGACUGAAUGCUGGGCACACAACCCAGCCUCACGCCUCACUGCCCUGAGGGUGAAGAAGACUCUGGCCAAGAUGUCCGAGUCACAGGACAUUAAGCUGUGAGGGAGGCCCACGGCAGCUCUGAGAGAGAGGCAGCUCCAGCCCCGACCCCGACGCAGCGCAGAUAGAGACAGUCUGCUGAGGGACUCCUCUGAGACGAGACGAGACGAGUGAGGCCCGGGGCUUCAUCCUGCUUUCUGUGAAAGCUCCCCAGCCAGCAGAGAGGAGAGGCGCACCGGAGGAGAGAGUGUGCCCCCUGCUGGUGCCUGCGUGACCCUCCUCACAGGCUAACAUGAAGGACAGAGUGGGGAGGGAACACUAGCCAUCACCUAAAGCCAUUAAUUUGAUGUCAGACCUUUCUGUUGCCUCAUGUAAUGGUCUUCUUGGCUUUUUGUUUUUUAAUCUAAUGCUGUUCCACCAUUUUCCCUCCAAGGGAAGACACAUUUUGGUUAUGGCUCCAUUGAAAAAUGAAAGCUACUUUGUUAAAUAUGGUCUCAGAAUGUUAUAAUCAGCAAAACAGCAACACAGCAUUGACUUCUGGUUGUUGAACUGAAUAGUGUAGGAUAUUUCCUCCUGCCGUAAUGCCGUCCCUUUCUUACAUUAAUGUGUGGAACGUUAUUAUUUGGAUUGUUUAUGAAGGUAAAGGUGGGAUGAUGCAGACGUGUGACAGAAACCUACUGGAGGCAUUUUAUUACUUUCAGGCCAUUCGUGUUUGCCUUGUACAUACUUGUAACCCAAAAUAUGAAUGUAAAUAGUAAUACUGAAAUGUAAUUAUGGAUUAAGUAAAAUGUUUUUCUUGUGUUUCCUGACCGUUUCCAUUUUUGCUCGUGCCUUAUUUAACAUGUACUUGUUUUAAUAUGUGAGGUUACAGUAACACCUGUCUGUAAAUGGCGUGAACGAAUGGUCUCCUAAGGUUGUAUGUAUCAGGUUAACAUUCCCCCCCCCUAAUAAAAAGGCUUCAAGUCCUA